AUGGGGCUGGAUCAUUCUGUGUCGAGGGGCUGUCUUGCGCCCUGUAGGAAGUUUAGCAGCAUCCUUUGCCUCUACCCACUGGAUUCCAGUAGCAACUCUCCACCCCUCAAGCUCUCUUUGUCUCUGAGUGGCCCCAGCACUGUGAUGGGCACCGUGGGGGGGUCCCUGAGAGUCCAGUGUCGGUACGAGGAGAAAUACAAGACAUUUACCAAAUACUGGUGCCGACAACCGUGCUUGCUACUUUGGAACGAGAUUGUGGCCGCCAGAGGGUCUGAGGAAGAGAUGAGAAGUGGCCGCGUGUCCAUCGUGGACCAUCCUGGGGACCUCACCUUCACAGUGACCUUGGAGAACCUCACUGCAGAUGAUGCAGGAAAAUACAGGUGUGGGAUCGCAACAAUACUGCAUGAAGAAGGACUCCAUGGUUUCCUGCCUGACCUCUUUUUCCAGGUUCAAGUGUUUGUUUCCCCCAGGUCCCUGUUUGGCAGCGUCCACUUUCUGCUCCUCAUUCUCCUGAAGGUACCCUUGUUUCUGAUUAUGCUCAGUGCCGUCCUCUGGGUCAACAGGCCUCAGUGGGCAAUUUGUGGGACACAGAGUCAGCCUGAUGAAGACAACCUGCGGCCCUCCUUGAGCAUCGAUAUCCUGUCCAGAGACACCGCCACUCAGACUAGAGGAGGAAGAACUUCUGACCCCAAACCUUCUAUCUCUUCUCACCUUAUUGCCAAAAACUGGUAAAAAUAAAUAAAUAAAUAAAUACAU